AUUGAAACCUGAGCACGAGAAGUUGGCCAAAGAGGGGCUGAAUGAAAACGCACUCGUUUUCCUGCUGGCUGCGUUCAGGGAGGAGGAUGUCGCCCAGCGCUCGUGAUUCAUCAUUUCUCUCCCCCGCGGCCAUCAAAUCGCGCAAAAGCCAAUGAAUGGCAACUGGUGGCCAGGCGAGGCCACAAGGAACGCCAACAACAUCUCAAGCGGGGAUUUUCGAGCCUUACCUUGUCGCCGGCGGCGGGGGGGGGGGCUGGACGGCACGCUUCAGACCAGAACACGAAGAAGACGGAAAAAGAAGAGGACGAAACGGGACGAGGAGACGGAGAAGAAGAAAAUCCCGUCCGCUUCUACGCGAUCGCCAAGGUAGAAGAAAAGCGAUUCGCCGUUUCCGGACGUUUGCAAGCAUGGUCAAGGAGAAGGCUCACGUCAACUUGGUGGUCAUCGGCCACGUGGACAGCGGCAAGUCCACCACCACCGGCCACUUGCUCUACAAAUGCGGUAGCGUGGACCAACGGAAGCUGGAAAAGUUUGAGAAGGCCGCGGCACAGAUGGGCAAGAGCUCGUUCAAGUUCGCGUGGGUGCUGGACAAGCUGAAGGCUGAGCGCGAGCGCGGCCUCACCAUCGACAUUUCGCUGCUCAAGUUCAACACGCGCAACUACUGCAUGACCAUCAUCGACGCGCCAGGACACCGCGACUUUAUCAAGAAUAUGAUUACGGGCACCUCGCAGGCGGACGUGGCGUUGCUGGUGGUGUCGGCGGCUAAGGGCGAAUUUGAAGCGGGCGUGUCGAGAGGGGGACAGACGCGCGAGCACGCUCUGCUAGCGUACACGCUGGGCGUCAAGCAGAUGAUAGUGUGCGUUAAUAAGAUGGACGCCACCGAUCCGCCUUACUGCCAACAGCGCUUUAAGGAGGUGGCGCGCGCCGUCGCAGGUUUCCUCAAGAAGAUCGGCUACGACCCCAACACCGUGCCCUUCGUGCCCAUCUCUGGCUGGACUGGAGACAACAUGAUCAGACCCACGCACAAGAUGGCUUGGUUCCAAGGCUGGAAAGCACGUCGCCGAGAAGGCAACUCAAGUGGCACGACUCUCCUGGAGGUGCUGGACUCCAUUCAAGUCCCUACUCGUGCCCUUAAUAAACCUUUGCGAUUACCCCUACAAGACGUCUACAAGAUAGGAGGUGUGGGGACGGUUCCAGUGGGAAAGAUCGAGACUGGCAUCUUGAAGCCGGGCAUGACGUUGACCUUCUCGCCGGCCAAGGUGACAGCGGAGGUCAAGUCGAUUGAGAUGCAUCACCAGGGUUUGGAUGCAGCGCUGCCGGGCCACAACGUGGGCUUCAACAUUAAGAAUGUGUCAGUCAAAAAUCUGCGGCGCGGUGACGUCGCUGGCAAUGCCCAACACGACCCCCCCUCUGACGUCAGCAGCUUUGAGGCGCAGGUGAUCAUCCUGAACCACCCGGGCCGAAUCAUGGCAGGCUACUCUCCGGUGCUGGACUGCCACACAGCGCACGUGAGCUGCCGCUUCACAGAGCUCAAGGAGAAGCUAGAUCGACGUAAGGGCACCAUACUGGAAGAGCGCCCCCAGGUGCUGAUCUCUGGUGACGCAGCCACUGUCAGGCUGGUGCCUGUCAAGCCCAUGUGUGUGGAGAGCUUCUUCACAUACCCGCCGCUUGGUCGCUUUGCCGCCCGAGACUUGAAGCAAACUGUGGCUGUGGGUGUCAUCAAGUCGGUGGAGAAGACACAAGGCUCCAAAGGGGCCAAAUGAAUUUGGCCCUGCUUGAAAUGUGACAAGAAUUUCAGUUUAGCUUUAAGAUGCAUUUGUUGACUUUAAAAACAUUGACUCCUUUGUUGCAAAAGAAGCUAUUUUGGUUGUUUUGAAAUAAAUAAAAACAUUAAGUGGCUAAAA